AUGAGCGUUGAAUUAGAUGCACCCACGACGCCAACGAGGCUCACAUUCGAUCAUUCAGACGAGCAUCUACUAGACUCUCCGCCAAACCUGUCGCUAAGCCCAAGGGCUGAGCCAGUCACAGGACGACGAGAUGGCGACCCAUAUGGAUAUCCUCAGGAAACAGGGCCUAUUCGUAAUGGAAAGCCAUUAGGACGGAUGGAUUAUGACGAGCUCAUGGAGAUUCUCCCUGAUCUUACUCCAGAGCAGGUUAAGUUGCACUGGCAUCCGGCCAUCUGCCAACAGCUUGAAGCAGCAAAGCAAAAACAGAAUAGCCCUAUUUCGGUGGCUCGUUCCAGUACAUGGAAUGGACGAGGAUCAUAUAGUAAGGAAGACCCUGAGCAGGUCAGAGCCGAGUGCGAGAUCCGGUUAAACUCCAAGGAGAACGAAAUCACCGGACUUCUACGACUCCACGACUCGCGGAUUGCCUCUCUCUGCAAAUUCAUCACAGACCACCUCGAGAACGAACUUGAAAGCUCCGAUGAUGCGAGUCAUCAGGAAGUAAGAGAAAUCGUUUCAGCCCAGCAACGCCGGGGUAAAGAUCACUUCGACGCAGACCUCCAACACAUGUAUCAAGCUCGCCAGAUUCAGGAGUUGCAAGACCAUAUAUCUAAGCUCGAACCCGUUGCUAUACGCAACGAGAAGCGGGCGAGGGCAUAUAAACUCAAGCUCAAGACGCUGAGGGAGGAUAUUAUGAAGUCAAAAGAGGACGAGCAGCGGUUAAAGAUAGAGCUCGCUGAGAAAGAUGCGUAUAUCGACACGCUAAACAACAAGGUCACCCAGCUCCUGACCAUGCGCCCUGAUCCGUUUCCCCCGUCUGAUAUACGAGGGACUAGAAAACAUCUGCCUUCGCCUGCGCCAUGUGACUGGAAAAGAGCAGAAGAACUCCAGCACCAGGUCGCAGUGUAA